CUGUCAAAAAAUAUGUACCUCAUAAAUGUAUCCGGCUGACGCCUAGUCUUCUGCUUUUAGUCAGUAUUUCAGUUAAUAGUGGGAUACUUUUUGACGGACGAAGAAAACCGUUGGGUUGAACGUUGCUUUCCACCCGUUGUCGGAAAUUCAAGCAGCACGUGAGAGUCCUUAAAUUGGAUUAGCGCUAAGUAAAGCCACCGGUGAAUGUUUAGCAUUCUAGCUAACUGGCUAAACUGACAGCUUAAGUGUAGUGAGGAAAAUGUGUGUAUGGGCUUCUGACUUUGACACACACUCUUAGCAUUAGCUCGUAUGCGUUAGUGUUAUAGCUCAAGACACGAAUGUUAACUUUGUAGACAGUUCGGUGUGUGUAGCCCUUCACCUUGUCACUCUGUGCGUACGUCACGAACAUUUGCCUCCAAGGUUAGCAUCGUAUACAUUUACCAGUCCGUUUUAAAAGACAUUUGGCUGACAACAUGGACAGUUACAGUCAGCGGUUUGACUCCGGACGAGACAGUAAAGCUCAAAAGAAGAAGGGUACCCCUCACUACAGCACAUCGACUCAUGAUGAGGGAGACCGCAAGCAAAAGUUUCAUUUGCCCUUUAGAAACAUCACAGAUGAUGUGCUGGACAGAUUUGCCAGUAUUCGGAUUCCGGGUAGUAAGAAGGAGCGGCCGCCUUUAUCACACGCCAAACACAACAGCAGCGACUGGUCUACUUCUUCGUCAUCCACCUCACAUCAGUUUGAGGAGCUGUCCGCAAAGAUUACCUCAGAAAAAGAGAUCUUGGCCUUGUUUGAAAAGAUGAUGGAGGACAUGAACUUGAAUGAGGAGAAAAAAACUCCUUUAAGGGAAAAGGAUCUCAACAAAAAGAAGGAGAUGGUCAUCCAGUAUAUGUUUGCUGCCUCUAAAGCUAGUACCUUGAGAAGCAGUCAUCAGAUAUCUUUCCAGGAAUUUCUUGGAGAGCUGAAGUCUGGGGUGAUGGAUGAACGCUUGUUUGCCUGUCUGGACUCAUUGCGUGUGUCCCUCACCAGCAACCCCGUUAGCUGGGUGCAGAGUUUCGGCCAUGAAGGCCUUGGAUACCUGCUGGACAUUUUGGAGAAGUUGCUGUUCAAGAAGGAGCAAGAGAAGAUUGACAAGAAAAACCAACAUAAAGUUGUCCAGUGUCUCAAGGCCUUCAUGAACAAUAAGUAUGGCUUGGAUCGAAUCCUGGGGGAAGAGAAAAGUCUUGCUCUACUGGCAAGAGCCAUUGAUCCCACCCAGUCUGCCAUGAUGACAGAUGUGGUGAAGGUGCUGUCGGCCAUAUGCAUUGUGGGCGAGGAGAACACUCUGGAGAAGGUCCUUGAAGCCAUUACCACAGCAGGGGAAUGGCGAGCCAUUGAGAGAUUCAGUCCCAUUGUGAAAGGACUUGGUGAUCGCUCAGUUCAGUUGCAGGUGGCGUGCAUGCAGCUCAUCAAUGCACUAGUAACAUCUCCUGAUGAGCUGGACUUCAGGCUACACAUCAGAAAUGAAUUUAUGCGGUGUGGCCUGAAAGAGAUAUUGCCGCAACUAACAUCCAUCAGGAACGAGGCUCUUGACAUUCAGCUGAAGGUAUUUAUGGAGCACAAAGAAGAGGACUUGAUGGAGUUCUCUCAUCGGCUGGAAGACAUCAGGAGUGAAGUGGAUGAUGUGGGGGAUGUAUUCAAUAUUGUGCAGAGCACACUGAAGGACAGCAGCGCAGAGCCCUAUUUUCUCUCUAUACUGCAGCACCUGAUGCUUAUACGCAAUGACUACUUGGUCAGGCCCCAGUACUUUAAGAUCAUUGAGGAGUGUGUGUCUCAGAUUGUUCUCCACCGCAGUGGCACUGACCCAGACUUCAGUUACCGCAAGCGCCUUGAUGUGGACUUCAGCCACCUCUUAGAAGUAUGUGUGGAUAAGGCUCGAACUGAUGAGUAUGAACAAAGAGCUUCCGAACUGGCACAGAAGUUUGAGGAGGAGUACGAGAGGAGACAGGAGGCGCAAGUGUCACUGGUUAAGUGUGAAGAAAAAGUCACUUUACUCCAAGCUGAGCUACAAGCCUUCAAGUCUCAGUUUGGAGCUGUACCUGUGAGCCUGCCCUCUGCCCACGUUCAAUCCUCAACGCUACCAUCCGGGGCAUCCACUCACACUCCAGUACCUGGGUUGCCAGCACCCCCUCCUCCACCUCCUCCUCCGCCUCCUUUACCUGGUUGUCUUGCCCCACCUCCUCCACCCGGAGUGCCUCCUCCAUUUGGUGCCCCUCCUCCACCCCCUCUUUUUGGGUUUCUUCCCCACCAUGCACUGCCUUACGGCCUAAGGCCGAAGAAGGAGUUCAAACCAGAGACUUCCAUGAAGCGCCUGAACUGGUCCAAGAUCUGUCCUCAGGAAAUGUCAGAGAGCUGCUUCUGGGUGCUGGCUGAUGACAACCAGUAUGCGAAACCAGACUUGCUGAGCAGAGUUGCUCUCACUUUUGGUUCACAAAGAACAGCCAAAAAACAAGAGGAGGAUCCAGAGGAUAAGAAAUCCAUAAAGAAGAGAAUUAAAGAGCUCAAAGUGCUUGAUCCCAAGAUUGCACAGAAUUUGUCUAUCUUCCUGGGUUCCUUUCGUAUGCCCUAUCAGGAAAUCCGUCGCAUGGUUUUGGAGAUGGAUGAGGAGCAGCUCACUGAAUCUAUGAUCCAGAACCUUGUAAAGCAUCUGCCUGAGCAGGAGCAGCUGAAUGCCUUGGCCAAGUAUAAAAACGAGUAUGCAAAUCUGUCAGAGCCUGAGCAGUUUGGGAUUGUGAUGAGCAGUGUGAAGCGGCCGCAUCCACGCCUGAGCCACAUCCUGUUCCGACUGCAGUUUGAGGAGCAGGUGAACAACAUGCGUCCAGAUAUCUUGGCUGUAAACGCUGCCUGUGAUGAGGUCAAGAAUAGCCGCUCCUUUGGCCGCUUGCUGGAGCUGGUGCUGCUGCUGGGGAAUUACAUGAAUGCAGGCUCUCGAAAUGCCCAGUCUUUUGGGUUUGACCUCAGCUCCCUUUGCAAGCUAAAGGACACAAAGUCAGCAGACCAAAAGACCACAUUGCUUCACUUCCUGGCACAAGUGUGUGAGGUGGAGUUUCCAGAUGUGAUCAAGUUUAUUGACGACCUUGAACAUGUGGACCGAGCCAGCAGAGUGUCUGCAGAGAAUCUGGAAAAGAGCCUGAGGCAGAUGGAGAAGCAGCUGCUGCAGCUGGAGAGAGACCUGGAGACUUUCUCUUCCCCCGAUGACCCCAGUGACAUGUUCUUCACAAAAAUGGCAAGCUUCAGCAAGGUCGCGCGGGAGCAGUACGGCAAGCUGAAAAUCAUGCACAGCAACAUGGAGACGCUGUAUCAGAAUGUGCUGGAGUACUUUGCAAUUGACCCCAAGAAGACCUCUGUGGAGGAGCUGUUCACUGAUCUCAGCAACUUCCGUUCCAUGUUCACUCAAGCGCUAAAGGAGAACCUGAGGCAGAGGGAGGCAGAGGAGAAACAGAGGCGAGCACGAGCGGCGAAGGAGAAGGCUGAGCGUGAAAAGCAGGAGAGACAGCAGAAGAAGAGGAGGCUGCUGGAAGUCAAUGCAGAGAACGAUGAGACAGGUGUGAUGGAUAGUUUGCUGGAAGCCCUACAGUCAGGAGCUGCAUUCAGAGACCGCAGGAAGAGAGCACCAAGACCCAGAGAUAACCAGCAGAUGAUCAGCCCCAGCUCCUUCCGCCAGGUUCUCAGGCCUGUUAACUACGAGAACAACAAGGCGCCUUUGCAAAGGUCUCGCGCUCAGCAGAAUACAAAUUCGGCCGCGGUGGAAGCUCCACCUGCAAAGGAGGUCCGUAACGAGUCUGCGGGCCAUCCUUCUGCAGCCAGAGCUAAGCCUGCGGCGAGUACAGAGCCCGGCCGCAGGUACAAGAACACCCCGGGUCACAGCUACGGGGUGGAAAGAGAGAGGGUGGUGGAGAGAGAGACGGUUAAAGUGACUGGGAAACAGAGGGAUGUUGAGGCACAGCGUCCAGCCUUUCAGUCGUCCUCCACUGGUGCUCCAGUCAACAGCUGCAGCACCAAUGGAGACACAGACGUAGAGGCUCUUCUGGCCAAACUCAGGGCCUUAUGAGGUUCCUUUGACAUUUUACAGCGUAUAGUUUGUAUACACACACACAUAUAUAUAUAUAUAUAUAUAUAUAAAAACAUGUUUUCAAUGUAACUGAAUGUAUUUUAGCAAUAAAUGAGAAAAGGUGUAGUUAUAAGGGGUGCCAAACCUUUCCAACAGAUAUUACGUGACACACUUUUUCUUUGAAGAUUUUCGCCCACACACACAGACGUGACAUUAUUUAUUAUUACUCACUCUACUCCUCCGUCAUCUCACUCGGGUGGAGCUAACGACUUCCACGCACCACUUUUCAGAUGCUUUAUUUUCGUGAUUAUCCACACAGGAGGACAGAUUAGUGUCCUCUGUUUUCACAGCAAAACAACAAAGCGAACCCGUCUCAUUUUUCUAAUGGUCCAAGAGGACAUUCAAAGUGGAUCUGACGCCUAAUGGUGCUCUGAGUGCCCCCUGCUGUAAUUACCUCAGACAGUCUGAUGUACUUCUGAGCUGUUCAUUUUCAACUCCAACAGGAAUUUAACGUUUGACUUUGAGCUGUCCUUGAAAGUUCUAUUUAUGAUUAUGAGGACACGAUUUUUAACAGGCAUCAAUAAGAGGACAAUCAAUUAUCUAGGGAAACAAGAAAGGAUUUUUUAAUGCUUUUGAGGACCAGGUUUACAUAUGUGGUGUUUACCAUUAAGAGCGUUAACAACUGAUAUUUUAUAAAGGGAUAUACUGAUAUACGCAGACAGCUGUUCAAUUCUCAAACCUUUUAUAUAUGUUUCUGCAACUAAGACAUGUGAUGUUGCUCAGCACUUUCUUUGUAAUCCAAAAAUAUAUAGUCUUAAUUAAAAUGAUGUCUUUAUUUUUUCCUGUAGUUACUCAUAUGAUUAUUUUUGAUCCCCAUUUCUGAUUCUACCUUUUAGUUUGUAGUUAUAGAUUUGUUAUUUUCCUGAAGUUUGUCAUGUAUAAUGAACAAAAAGACUAUAUGUGGUCUGCAUUUAUUACUUUUGGUAAUUCAAUUGUUUUUCUACCUUUAAUUCUUUGAGUCUUUUAUAUUCAACGCAUCGAUCUAAUUGUCUUUUUUAUCUGCAUUCAUCUAUAAAACUGAAUAAAUAUGCAAAAAGAGAUGAGUUGCUUGUGUCGGACUGUUUUAUCACUGUGUCACUGCUGGUGAUAACACGUCUACACAGUAAGAACAAAGUCUGCAAAUAUCAUUGUCCAAAAUGUGACACAAAGGAAACAGUGUAUUCAGUCACAGUCAAAACAGACGUGAUGCUGUGUUUUCUUCUUCUUCUACAUUCUUUUUGACUCGAUAAUUGUUCUUUAUCCACAUUUACAAUAAUAAAAAAAUAAAAAAAAUGAAACAA